GCUGCUGGCUCAUCGUCAUCUUUCUCACCAUGACUAGGGAAAGUCAUGAACCCGCGACCGACUGGGUGUAGGUGUAGGCCAUGAAUAUGUAGACGGGAACAACAUCCACCAAGAGCUCGAGGAUGCAGUAUUGUAGGAACCAGUGUGUUGACCUUACCUCUGACGUUAACAACUGUGGUUUAUGUGGGAUUAGAUGCCCAUUUAACUGGCGAUGCUGCCGGGAUUAUGUAUCACUAAAGAUAUCAGUUCCUUGUGGUAGAUGUGGAAAUAGAUGCCCUUAGGGGCAGGAGCGUGUGCUUCAAUGGCAUGUGUGGAUAUGCACAACCUUUACCACCAUGGCCAUUUCCAUUGCCUCAUCAUCCCCCUUACUCUCAGUCACCACCAUUACGUCGCCCCCCUACGAUGCCUGGACACCCGACUUAGCCGCCAGGGAGUGAUCAGUCGUCAGUCACCUCUAGAAGUUGGAAGUUGUUAGUCUCUUGUUUCUUCUUUGUUCCUAGAUGUUUCUCGUCUUGUCUUUACUAUGAAUUUCACAUCAGUUGAAUACUAAAAUUGGUCACCAAUUUCAUCUUGCGAGGCGUUGAUGUGGACCGUAAUAUUUCUCAUGUUGUAGUGUUUUUGUUUUGUAUCCCUAAAAUUAGUCAGUGCCACUGAAAAGAAUAUAUCAUACGAUAGGAAUAGGAUGCUUCACAAAAGUUAAAAGAGCAAAAGGAAUCUACAAGAAAUGCUAACGUUUGAUUGCUGGAAAUUGUGAAUUUCAAUUCCGAGAAAGGUUAAACGUAUACGAUUGAACUUGCCUUUCAUUGCAAACUCUUCAUCUACACCCGGACACAGAUAACAAAAUCCAAUAAAAAUCUUUCAAUAUGAAAACAAAAAAGAAAAAAAAAGAGUUUAUUUACAUAUUUUCCGCCAAAAAUCUUGAAAAUGAAUUUUAAGACAAGCACAAAACCUUCGGGAAUUUUUUCACUCUUCCCAAAGAUUCCCCACUUCUCGUUCACUUUCUAUAUAAUAUAUUCAAAGGGCAAAAGAAACCCUAUCUUUCUCUGCUUUUCACUUCUUUUUCCCAGCACCCAAACACCACUUUCUUUCUCUUUCCUGGAAAAUUCCCGGGUAUAUUUUCUCGGUCUUGUUUCUUUCUUUCUAAUCGGUUUUGUGAUUUGUACUCGUUUUAUGUUAUUGGAUACUUUUUGUUUGUUUGGUUGAUGAGAAAAAGUGGGAAAUAAUGGAAAUUUUGAAGUGGAUAUUGUACUGAGAGGACUUUGAAGCUACUUUUUUUUAAUUCAAUUAGAAUGGCUUCUUCGCCAUCAUUUUCUAUGUGCACACUGAACAGGGACUCGUUUGCCAUAAAAGCAAUAAAUUUCAAUAAAGUGUUCAAGUGUAAUGUUUCAAAUCUCCUGAAUAAACUGCCUGUUCAGGCUAAAUUAUCUGCUGACUUUAUCUAUUCAAGAUUGUUAAUCAGUGGGAAAUCACCGAAAUGGGAACAAAGCCAAAGGCUUUCAAGGAAUGGGAUGCAGUGCUGUGCGUUGGAAAUUGAGGAUGUACCUACAUUUACAAGGGGAAAAAAGUUUCAACUCGAUGAUGUGAUUGAAGCUCAACAAUUUGAUCGAGAUACUCUAAGUGCUAUAUUUGAAGUUGCACGUGAGAUGGAGAAUAUUGAAAAGAAAUCGCCUGGAAGUCAAAUUCUCAAAGGUUAUCUUAUGGCCACCCUUUUUUAUGAGCCUUCAACUAGAACUAGACUUUCAUUUGAGUCUGCCAUGAAGCGGCUUGGUGGUGAAGUUCUGACAACAGAAAAUGCACGAGAAUUUUCGUCUGCAGCAAAAGGAGAGACACUUGAAGAUACCAUAAGAACCGUUGAGGGGUACACUGAUAUAAUUGUGAUGCGACACUUUGAAAGCGGAGCUGCUAAAAGAGCAGCAGCUACAGCGGGCAUUCCUAUUAUUAAUGCUGGUGAUGGUCCUGGACAACAUCCAACCCAGGCCCUUUUAGAUGUCUAUACCGUAGAAAGAGAGAUAGGAAAACUGGAUGGCAUAAGAGUUGGGCUUGUGGGAGAUCUUGCCAACGGGAGAACAGUUCGUUCUCUUGCCUACUUGCUUGCAAAGUACCAAGAUGUGAAGAUCUACUUUGUCUCCCCUGAUGUUGUUAAAAUGAAGGAUGACAUUAAAGAUUAUUUGACAUCAAGGGGUGUGGAGUGGGAAGAAAGUGCUGAUUUAAUGGAAGUGGCCUCUAAGUGUGAUGUUGUGUAUCAAACCCGAAUUCAGCGAGAACGGUUUGGAGAGAGAAUUGAUCUUUACGAAGAAGCUCGAGGUAAAUACAUAGUGGACAAGGAUGUGUUAAAGGUGAUGCAGAAGCAUGCUGUGGUCAUGCAUCCUCUCCCAAGGCUUGAUGAGAUCACUGUGGAUGUUGAUGCGGAUCCAAGGGCUGCCUAUUUUAGACAAGCAAAGAAUGGUCUUUACAUCCGGAUGGCUCUUUUAAAACUAUUGCUUGUUGGGUGGUGAGGAAAGCGUUCUUUUUCCUUUCCAGAUUUUGACAUCUAUCAUCUCAGCUUGCAUGGGUCAUUUAUGUUUAUCGAUGAACAACAUUCUACAAGUGAAAGAAAAAGUUUGUUAGUUUCCCAUGUUGAGAUCAUAAAAUGGUCGGCUUUGUUUUGCCAGAGUUUUGGUGUUUUGUUAGUAAAUUAGCGUUAACAGAUAUUAAGAUCAUCAAUGGUGGAAUAAUGGUUUUUUGGGGUUGUGUCCUCAAAAGUCAAAGUAAUCUAAUAAUGAAAUUUUAGUCCUCAAAUUUCUGUUUU